UUUUAUAAAAUUGUUUACCGUUUUCCUUUUAAGGUGAAUUCCAAUCUACGAACAAUACCAGGCCAAAGUUGGCGUGGAUUACAAGGCAGUAACGACUUUUGCCCAAAUGAGGAGCAGCGGCGUACCGCAGACACCACGCAAAAUUCGAGCAACUUGCGCAUAAAUUGGUAUGCUCUCGACAAUUAGCAGGGGACACCCACUGAAUCGAGGGAUCCGAUCCGCAGAGUGACCACUCGCCCACGAGACGGCCAUGCCAUAGUUUUACGAACCCAAGUCCCACGUCCGAUUCCGCUUUCAAUUUGACGCGUGCGCAGGCGCAAGACUUCAUUUUCAUAUUCCUCAUGUGGGCGACGUUUAAGUUUGAAUGUUUCAUUCUACUCGCAGUAUCGAUGUUCGAAAGAUUUCUGAAAUGCUAGUUGCAGUUUCACUUUCCGGAGACAAUGGUUCGCUUUUCAGGCGUACGGUUGUACUUUCACUUUUAUGAUGGGAACCCCUUUUGGUUCAGAUCAGGCUAUAUGAUUGAGGAAAGAAACUUAUGUGCAGUAAGAGAAAAGACUCAAGCUAAUUUUAGAUACUAUUGAAACCAUAUCAAAAUGAUUUUCCGCGGAACUGCUUUUCAAAUCUCCCAAGGCCAAUAUAAGUUGGAAUAAAAAUUUUGCUCUAUUUAGUAUUUGAUUAUGAAAGGGCUCUCAAUAUGGAUUGCAUUUCUGGCUUGCUGUUUUGCUACCGAGAUAAAGGAUACAGCUCCAAGGUUGGCCGAUUCUAAGGCUGAUGUGGUGACGGUAUCUUUAAAUGAAAACGGAUUAAAGAACCCGGUAGGGGAACAAGGGCUGCUGAAGCGAAUGCAGUUUGAUUUGGCCGCACAGUUGAAUAUAAACGCACGUUUAAAAUCCGAAAUACAUGAAAAUGCGGAUCUAUUGCAGUACAUCAUCCAAGGCGGGAAAAAAACCAUGGAAAACUGGGUUGCAACGUGGAGCUCAGUGAUGAAAACCAAGCAAAUACUGUCCCGAAAGAAAAUCAAUCUCGAUUAUAGUUGGCUGCUGAUGGAACGCUGCCACAAAGUGCAGUCUCGAGAUGAGAAGAUACGACGAAUUGCCGAUAGGCUGGCCGUCCAAAAGGCCGAAGAUGUCCACCCAUUGGCCAGGAAGCACUUCCUAUCGAAGUACCUUCGCCUCCUGAAGAAGUUGGAAGAGGAGGUGGUCCUAGAAACCCGUGUCAGUAAGGGGCUCUCCCAAGUGCGGAUGAUUUAGUUAAGCCCGAGUCAGAUAAAAGUUUUUUGAAGUCCAUUACUUUUUCUUCAAAUGAAUUGAGGAAACAAAAAAUUAUUUCUUUUUUACUUCUUCUUUGGACAGAAACAAGUCUUGUGCACUAAAAGUCAAGCAGAACGAAUCACGUCUUAUUACAACUUACCUUAUGUAACCGAGAGUAUGUCCGUAUAAAAAUGAAAAAAGGUCUAGUGUUUUAAAUAGUUGUUGCAAAGCUUUUUUUCGAAAUGAGGGUCCUCUUGUUAUGCACUGUACUUCUGUUUCUGUUUAUAAAAGGUGCAGAAUGCGCAACCCCAGAGCAAAGUAGCCCACCUGUGAGUGACUUUCCCAAAAACAAUACAUCAUCGAUCAGUUCCCCACUGGACAAUGUACAAACAAAUGCAACAAUUUCAAGCGUUGUCCCCGAAAGCAAUUCGCAGAUAGAUGAGUCAAAGAAAGAGCUAAGUAAUUCUUCGAAGACUAAAAAUGUUUUACCCAAAAUUGAUUCCCCGCUGUAUACAAAUAUAACUUUAAACGCGUCUCUACCGCUGAAUAGUUCCAGCAUUGGCUCACGGGUAAACGAUGUUCCAAAUAAUAAUCCUCCCUUAGACGGAACAUCGAAAAAAGACUUCGAACUAAUUGUACCAAGCAAUAUGGAAGAGGGAUCGCUUAAUGGUUCCCCUGCAUCUGGGGUGGAGGCUCUUCAACAGAGGCUGUUGUCGGAGCAGGCCCAGACCUUGUUGCUUCGGAACCAGUCCGCGUAUUUGCUUGCGGAAAUCCAUUCAAGAAGAUCUGCGGUUCAAAAUGCCCAGGAGCUCAGCCUUGGUAUGACCGCAGAACUGAACGACGUGAACCGCAGGCUGCUGGAGACUGAUGUGCAGCUGGAGAAUGUGCGAAAGCAGUUGAAGAGUUGCCAAGGAAAGCUCUCAGAGAACGAGCUGUUCCGGCUCGCCGGUAUCGAGGCCCACAGGAUUCUGAAGGAGGAGCGGGAGCCCAUUGUCAGGUACAGCCAUCGGAACAGGUACCUCAAACUCCUCGGAGAGAUGCGCCGGAGAAUCAAGGAGGAAAUCCUGAAAGUGUCUUCACUCGUGGCUGAUACGACCACGACCUCGAGGCCCACCGAUGGGAUCCUUCCCACUCUCCCUUGGAGAUGAUCAUAUAUUACAUAUGCAUAAACAAAAAUGAACCCAAUAAAUACCGAUGGUAUUGAGUCACAGUAAAAGCCUCCAAGUUGUACGCUUA